AUGUCUCUCACUCUCGCCGAAGUCGACUCCCUUGAAGCCAUCGUCAUUGUUGACAAUGAACUGGACCCUCUUUCGCCUCCCCCGCCGGACACUGUGCAGGUGUCCGGUCUGAUGGGGACUCUGGCCAUGAACUCUCCUCACACUCUCACAAACCGCGGCGAUGCCUCAAAGGAGCUUCAAAUGGAGGAUAUUUGCUGCUCGGCGCAUGGUCUCUCCAUUCUGGUGACAGCCACCAAAGGCGAUGUAAAACACUCGGUGCUGUUCGAUGCCGGCCCGGAGAAUGACGUCUGGCGUCGAAAUGCUAAGCGCCUGCGACCGAAUCUCUCGGCGGUGGAGCUGGUGCAGCUCUCUCACUGGCAUCGCGAUCACUCCGGCGGUCUUUUCCAGGCGAUCCAAAUGAUCACGGAGGCCAAAAAGGCCGAAGGCCGUUCGGACAACGUGCUAGUGGAUCUUCACCCCGAGCGCCCCGAAUACCGCGGCUUCAGCAUCGGGGGAACCAUCAUCUCUUUUCAAGCGGAUCCUACUUUUGAAGAACUCGAGGACGCUGGUGGAAGGAUUCAAAAACAUGCCGAGGCACAUACGGUUCUCGACGACUUUUUCUUGAUCUCGGGAGAGAUCCCCCGCCAGACGCCGUACGAAACGGGCGUCAAAGCCGGACUGCGCUUCGACAAGGAGGAAAAUGAUUGGUUUUCUGAUGAGCUGAUCGCCGACGAGCGUUUUCUCAUGUGCAAUGUCAAGGACAAAGGUAUCGUCUUGUUCACCGGCUGCAGCCAUGCCGGAGUCGUCAAUUGCUCUCGACAUGCCAUCGACUGCCUCGAUGGUUCGGUGCCUCUGCAUGCCGUGGUAGGAGGCUAUCAUCUUGCCACCAGCGACGCCAGCCAGGUGGAAAGCACCGUCCGUGACCUCAAGAAACUCGACCCUGCCAUUCUUUUGCCGGGACACUGCACGGGCUGGAGGGCAAAGUUUGCCAUUGAGAAGCAGAUGCCUGGUUCGAUGGUGCCGUGCACGGUUGGUACUAGAAUUACUUUCUAG